GUCGAGAACAGGAGACAUGCCUUUGCCUUGCAUGCGUGGAACAUUUGUCUUCUUUGGCUUAUGUCUUAGUUUCUUCAUACCACACUGUGAUGGAGGGAACAUUUUAGUGUACUCUUUGGAUGGCAGCCACUGGAUCAAUAUGAAGAUUCUCCUGGAAGGACUUCAUGCCAGGGGACACAACAUCACUGUGAUCAGACCUUCUGUUAGCUGGUACAUCCCAGAAAAAUCUCCCUUCUACUCAUCCAUUUCAUUUGAAAUGAGAAAAGAUGUAGAGGACUUUUUUGAUGAGUUCAUAGAAAAUCAAGUGAAGGUACUCAGAGAGGAAGGUUCACUGCUGACUUCCUUCAAGCUUACCAAGGAGAUACUUUCUAUGAUAACUCGAGGCCAUGCACUUUGGUGUGAUGGUUUCUCUCAAAUCUUUGAAAAUCCACAAAUACUAAAACGCCUAACAGAUUCCCAGUAUGACUUGUUUCUCACCGAUCCAGGAAUUGCAACAGGGGUUGUGUUAGCUAAAUAUCUCAAACUACCAUUAGUCCUAAAUGCGCGCUGGAUUACCAGUGGAGAGGGUCACUUCGUGUUGGCCCCCUCACCAUUUUCUUACAUCCCAGUUCCAGGAUCUGGCUUAACAGACAAAAUGAAUUUUAUCCAGAGGGUCAAAAACAUGCUCUUCUACAGCAUCAUAUGGUUUCAGGAGAAAUUUUUGUUGGGGCCUAUCUAUGAUGCCAUGUGUGAGAAGUAUAUAGAGGGUGGUUGUGACAUUGUCUCACUGCUUCAAGAUGCAGACAUCUGGCUGUUCAGGUCAGAUUUUGUGUUUGAUUUCCCUCGGCCGACAAUGCCUAAUAUUAUUUACAUUGGAGGGUUCCAGUGCAAGCCAGCCCAGCCUCUACCAGCAGAACUGGAGGAGUUUGUUCAGAGUGCUGGAGAGCAUGGAGUGAUCGUCAUGACUCUGGGAACAUUGGUCAAAGCAUUGCCAAAAGAGAUUGCAGAAGAAAUAGCCAGUGUCUUUGCCAAGCUUCCACAAAAGGUGAUAUGGAAGCACCAAGGGGAGCGUCCCUCUAGGCUGGGCAACAACACACUGAUAGUGAACUGGAUGCCACAGACGGAUCUCCUGGGUCACCCACAAGUCAAACUCUUCAUAGCUCAUGGGGGAACAAACGGAGUGCAGGAGGCCAUUUACCACGGGGUUCCAGUUCUUGGUAUUCCCCUGUUCUUUGACCAGUAUGACAACCUUCUUCGUCUGCAGGAAAGAGGAGCUGCAAAAAUCCUCCAGUUAGUUGACAUAAACAGCCACACAUUUGAAGAAAGUAUAAGAGAAGUGCUGUAUGAAGACAGCUACAGGCAGAACAUGCAGAGACUGUCACGUUUACACAAAGAUCAGCCUGUAUCUCCCAUGGAUAAGGCCAUCUUCUGGGUAGAAUAUGUGAUCCGCCAUAAAGGAGCUCGACACCUGCGCACAGAAGCUUAUAAGAUGCCUUGGUACUCAUAUUAUUGUCUAGAUGUUUUACUUUUCUUCAUAACUGUAAUGGCUGUGAUCGUUCUCUCAGUUUUAGCAACCUUUAAAUUUCUGUUCUGCAGAGGAAGAAAGAACGCAAAAAGCAAACAAAACUGA